CUCCCAAACAGUUAAGCAUUAUGGCCUCCAACAACAACAAAACAUCGAAGGGGGGCAGUAGCAAGACGGUUACUCCACAUAAGAUUCAUUCGGCUUCACCAACACCUAAUACUCGACAACAUGAUGCCCUGAAUGCAAGGGAUGUCGCGGGGGACAAUAGCAAGACGGUUACUCCAAUGAAUAUUCAUUUGGCUUCGCCAACACCUAAUACUCGACAACAGGAUGCCCUGAAUGCACGGGCUGCAACGGCUAGUGGUAUGCCUUCGAGUGGAAGGAAACUAUCCACAACAGAGAAGCAGAAACAAAGCCAGGCAUCUUCUACUGAUCAACCUAGACGUCAUGCCCCAUCAUCAUCAGCGAGCAAUAGGAAUGGGCAGUCAUCAACAAGCAGUAGUCAAAGGGGGCAUGCGGAGUGUCAUGGUGCCGGAAAACCGAAGUCUGCAGGAACAAAAUACAAGUGAACUCUAUAGUAUCUUGCUUAUGGAUGGCAAACUAUGAUGCGUGUAGCAUUUCAAUCGUCCGAUCUUCAAUCAGCAUACUCUACCUCUAAAAUAAUACAAAUAAUAUGUGUAUUGUACUCUCUGAUAAAUUGGUUGUAAUUUAGUCGCUACGUAAGUGGAACCAAGAGAAAUAUAUGAAUCUGUUACAUGUAGCGGUUUGUAAUUGCCUCUCAACAGAUUUGCACGAUGCGCCUAGUCCAUAUUUAUGUUUUGUGUAUUGAGUUCACAUAUAUUGUAUUUGGGAUUUGGGGUUGCACUAAUAAGUAUUUGAGAUUGUGUAACUCGCAAACAUUGUACAUUUAUCUUAAAGUAUUUU